AUCAUACGACUCGCUAAGAGCUAUCCGCAUCCGGUUAGCACACCGGCAACGCACGGACGGAACAGUUACCAGUCCAUCCAAAGCCGCCACCACCGCGGCCCGCGGGCACCACCUACCCGGACCCAGCUCUCCUCGGCCGCAUCCAAGCCUCGCCUCCGUCUCCGCCUCCGCCUCCGCUGCCCCCGUGCCCGUCUCCUCCCCUAAGCGGCCCGCCGGCGAGCGCCCAUGACGGAGGAACGCGCCCCCAAGGUCGCCGAAGAGCCCGCCGCGGCGGCCAGGCAGAGGCCCGAGAGGAAGAAGAGGAAGUGGGAUCAGCCCGCCGAGCACUUGGUCUCCGCGGCUGCUGCUGUGGCGGGCCUGCCCGUGAUGAACAUCGGGGCUCUUCCUGGCGUUGCACUUACAUUGCCCAGUGUAGGCCCUGCUCCUUAUGGUUUGCAGGCCCAGAUUGCACCGUCAGUGCUCCAGAAUGCCGCUGCCGCAGUUCAGAAAUUGAGUCAGGCAAAGCUACCAGAUGAAAUUAUUGCUCGAGAAAUCGUUAUAAACGAUGCCGAUCCAUCUGUGCGAUAUAAACUUACGAAACGGCAAACACAGGAAGAGAUUCAGAGAUGCACAAGCACUGUCAUCAUUACCAGAGGAAGAUAUCAUCCUCCAAACGGACAGCCUGAUGGUGAGAAGCCUCUCUAUCUACAUAUUUCUGCUGGAUCUCAGUUGAAAGAUACUGCUGAGCGCAUUAAGGCAGUUGAUUGCGCAGCUUCAAUGAUUGAGGAAAUAUUGAAACGAGGAACAAUCUCAGAAACUACAUCAGCUCCUUUCUCUUCUAGCAUCGGACAGGCAGUUCAUCCUUUUAGUGCCUCGAUAUUUUUGGGUUUUGAUGCAGAUCCAUCAUUAAACAUUGCAGCUCGAAUCCGUGGUCCAAAUGAUCAGUACAUAAAUCACAUCAUGAAUGAAACAGGUGUCACUGUUGCACUAAGAGGAAGAGAUUUAGGGAAUCUUGGCAGUUGUCAUGGCGAAGCUUCACAACCUCUACACCUAUACCUCACAAGUUUACAUUUGAAGAGCCUAGAAGCUGCAAAAGUUUUGGCAGAGAACCUCCUGGAUACUAUAGCAGCUGAAUUUGGUGCUUCCAGAAUUUCUUCUUCAAAAGUAUAUGGUGCCGUUCCACCUCCUCAGCAGUUGUUAGCUGGUGUCCACACCUCAGGGACAAGAUUGGAUGUACAUUCUACUUUAGGGCCUAAUGUGUUAACAGGGGCAUCACAUUCCUUUGCAUCUAGUGGAGUUACUGCUCCCACCGUUGCUCCUUCAGUGAUACUGCAAUCUGGGGCUCCAACUAAUUCUGGGGUUCCACCACCCAGUAACAUGACCUGUCCUGUUCCACCAGUAAAUGGUGGGGCAUGUUACAGUGGUUAUGGGGACAUUUAUCCCCAAGCAACUCCAUUGCAGCAAGUGGCAUUCACACUCAAGCAUGCUUCAUCGUCGACAUCUCAGGUUGUUCAAGCGACGCCCGCAUUAACAGGCACGGUGACAAAGGUGAACUCGGGCUCAGAUGUGGAGACAGAUAAACGUUCCCAAAGGAGGAAAUUCCAGGAAUUACCAGUUUCCAAGGGACCGACAGCAGAAAGUCAGAACUUACAACAGGGGUCCAAAUUUGUUAAGACAGGUUUAAAUAGUUUAGGUAGCAUUAGCAGUUCAUCAAUUGCUGCACCUCCAAAGAAUGUUCAGCCUGGAUCAAAUGGAGUGCUUCCACCAGACCAAGUGGAUAUGCCAUCACAUCUAUCCAAAAACAUGCCACCUCCACCGCCCAGGAGCAUGCCUCCGCCACCACCCAAGUUUCCUUCAAAUGAGAUAUUGUCCAGAAAUGAGAAAAAGGUUUUCGCUUCACAGGAGCCGAUGGCACCUCCAAGGUCCUUGGAUGCAAGAUCAAUCUCGCCACCAAAAUUUUGGUUGGCUCAAUUACCUCCAAAGGAGCCCAAGGAGGAAGAACCAAAAGGCACACUUGUGUCUGAUACUUUGCUGAAGCUUAUGGAUUAUGGAGAUGACGACGACGAUGAUUAAUGCAACUUACAGUAUACCUCGAGGCAAUCCAACCCCCAAGUUGAGGACAGAGACCAUUUUGGGCUUUGUGAAGAGUCUGUUAAUGUAGUCUAGUGUGAAAUUGGAAUGGCAGAUAAGGAUGUUCCCUGGCCUGGUGCAUCUUCUUAGUGCAAGAGGUCGUCGGACUUGUUAUUUAGUACUAUGUUAACAGGCCAACAGAUUUCCAUGUACCUUGUAUGAAUCUGAAGUUGUCAAAAUGAACUGUGGGUUGUUUUUUCUUACACAA